AUGGCUAGCUACAGCUACAGCCUCAGCAGUAUCCCUCGCUCACAAUCAUUAACUCACCCACCUUCUCCUCUCCAACUCGCAAGUACACCAGUCAGAUCACAAAGUGUAUCCACCGGUAACAGUGGUUCAGUCAAGUCUGAAAGGAGAUUAUCAAGAAAAUUACCACCAGCAUGGACAGAAAGCCUAGAGAAUCUUGCUCGUACAUCGCCUCCAACAAGUACAAGAUCAAUUGAUAAUUUCUCUAUUUCUAUUUCACCCAUGUCUAAGACAUCUCAAUUACCUAUCCCUGAAUUAGAAGAUUCUCUUACUACCCAAAUCGGUGGUAAUGGUGAUUCCAGUAAAUCACAACCGCAGGCAAGACCAUAUGUCUUAGAUGUUGAUACUCCACAACUACCGAUGAUCGGCAGAUCAACAUCCUCAUUUUCAUCUGGAACCCCUUCAGCAAUGGCAAACAACCAUGACUCAAGUACAAAUACAAAAACGAUUAAUCCUACUUCGAUUUCUAUGGCAAAUCAACAUACCCAUUCUUCUUCUUCUUCAUCACAAUCAAGCAAUAUGGGUUUCCUCAAAUCUUCGUCAUCCUCCCGUUCUGAUAUCCUUCUUACUCCGCAAUACCUUACGAGCAAAUUACGCGAUAGGGGUUCGAUCGAUUCUACCGAUACAACCUCAUCUUACGCUACUGGAUCUGGCUCAUCUCGUCGAAGGCGAAGGGAUGGAUGUGGGAGUGCAUCGUGUGAGACAUGGUCGCUAUUCGAUGAAAUCAAAUUUGAAGAUUCCCUGUCUACUAAAUCCAAAUCAACCAGUAAGAAAUCCGAAAAGAAGCCCAAGGAAACUUCUAAAGAGAAAAAAGAAAGGAUCAACCAAGAAAAGUUGUUAUUCGAUGAAGAUAGAUUACCUACGCAGAAGAUGUUAUUCGAAGCUAGUUUGAUGGAAGUCGUUGAUGAUAGAGGGAAGAAAGUGAGAUUUGGAGAUCUGGUCAGGAACCGAAAGACUAUAGUGAUUUUCAUUAGACAUUGGUACUGUCCACUUUGCGCACAAUACAUGAAUUCGAUCCUUGCCGAAGUGAGCCUGGAUGCGCUAGAAGAGGCCAAUACAGAUUUGAUCAUUAUUGGUAAUGGAUCUGAUAAGAUGUUGGAUGGUUACAGGAAUAAAUCGUUCCGAUGUCCUUUCAAGAUGUACACCGAUCCUACACUUGCCUUAUACCGAGCUCUAGGUCUUACUCGUCAAACAGGUGAUGGAGGAAAUGCAGACUCCAAAGGCGAUUAUCUCGUUCAAUCAGCAAUGGAAUCAACCGUUCAAACAGUCAAAAGAGCCACCAAGAUGCCAUUGAGGAAUCCAGGUCAUUUCACUCAAUUAGGUGGUGAAUUCAUAUUUGAUGGGACAUUGAAUUGUCUAUUCACACAUCGAAUGACCACCACGAGAUCACAUAAACCCAUUAGGGAUAUUUGUGAAGAAGCUGGUGUCAGAUUGGAAUUCAUACAUUACGAACCUGGAUUACCACCUCCACCCGUACAUAGACAUUCCUUCUUGGGUAUCAAUCAACAACAACACCAACAGCAUGUAGGAUUGGAAGGUGAUGACUGGCAGAUGGAGAGGGAUCAGACGAUCAACCGAAUCAAAGCCCUCAAAGCUGCUAGAAGAGCUAAUCCAGUGAUUAAUCUCCAAGAUACGAGAUCCAGAGUGGUGGAUCACGUGAAGAUUGUAGGUCAGGAUAUGGAUGAAUACGAGGAUGAGGUGGUAUUGGGUUUUAGCGCUUUAGGUAUUGCGACGUAG